AUGUCCAGCCCAUUAAGGAAACGCAAACACUCUGUCAGCGAGGGUCAACACCCGCACAAGUCAAUGAAAUCUGAACCCCUACCCCUAGUCCAGGACGUUGUCAUGGCAAGUGGAAGGGUGGUUUCUGACCCGCCUGUCUCGCCACAACCAUCACAGGAGGCACCAACCAGCACUGGAAUGAAGAAGUCACCCUCUUCGACUUCGUCGACAUCUCCUAUCAAUUUGGGAGAGGAAGACUUGGUAGUCUUAGAACUGUUACUUACCAAGCGGUUUAAAGAGGACGUCGAAGACAAACACUUUGGUUAUAUGAUCACUGGAGUGCGAGAACACUUCUGGAACCACAAACCCCUUGCGUCUAAACUCGGUAUUGAUUUAACGAAUUUGGAGACUACCAGUGCAGCAUUCGUAGCAACUCAAACCGACAAAACCGAACUGAACACAUUGUUCGAGGCGGCAUCCAAGGCUGUAGUAGAUCCUAAAGUAGAAACAUGGAAAGCAUUUUUCAGCCAUCCUCAAAUGUACAAGAAUCAUUUCAAGUAUCCGGAUGGAGAGCAUAUGAACAGCGAGGAUGAACGAGAUGCUCGUUCCCGACAUCCUGGGGAAUAUCCGACAGAAAAAUGUCCAUACAUUUGGCUCAAAGGAUACAAAGCGGGUAAAGUUUACUUUAGUCUUAAUAAUCCUUCUAAUCCCUCUCUGUCUCACAGGCACCUGGGGAUGAGCAUGGAGCUGUAG